AUGGCCUCUUCUUCGUCUCCAAGACUCUCAGUUCUGCUGAAAGGCUCUUCCUUUCUGCCUGCUCUGCUCCUGCAAAAGGGUUUAGGGUUUUGGCUAUUUUUGCUCUCGGUUCCACCGAGUUCAAUGUUUCUUCCCACCGGCCGAUUAUGCCGCCGUACCCGUUUCUAUGCAGUCACCGUUAAUCCCGCCUCCACCCCUUCGUUCCAAUCCUCUUGCGCUAGUUCUCGCAAUCUCCAUUCCUGCUCCUCCGCCCCCCCGGCGAUCAGCUCUAUCUCCCGCCUUCUGUUCGCCAGUUUCGUUCAUCGCUAUGCAACAGCAGCUACUUCUUCCCUUCUGGUUCGGGAUCCCAAGUUCGCGAGACAUUUCUGCUCAGGAGCGAGCAGCGGCGGGGAUGGUGGUGCCUGGACGGAGGAGAUUGAGUAUUUGGAUGAGUCCGGCAGUGUAAUUUAUGCCGGGAAAGGGGUGCGGGCAGUGGAACCUGGAAUCGACGACCAUGUGAUGAUUGGUGGGCUGAAGAAGCCGAUCCUCAACGCUUCUGCAGUGGCCAAAAUUGUUGAGGUUGCGAAGAGAUGGAGAUGGGGUCCUGAAUUGGAAACCCAACUGGACAAUCUGCAAUUCGUGCCGACCAUGACCCACGUCAUUCAAGCCAUGAAACUCAUUGAUGAUCCUGGUGCAUUGUUGAGUUUGUUCAAAUGGGGUAAGAGGAAGCCAUGGUAUGUGCCCAGUGACGAGUGCUAUGUCAUGUUGUUUGACGGGCUGAAUCGAAGCAGAGAUUUUGAUGCCAUUCAGUUGUUGUUUGAUGAGCUGGUUCGAGAUUCAAGUGAAGCUCAGGUUCCUUCUUCGUUUGGUGCGCACAAUAGGGUAAUCCAGCAUUUGGCUAAAGCUGAAAAGCUGGAGGUGUCAUUUUAUUGUUUCAAGAAAGUUCAGGAUUCGGGCUGUAAGAUUGAUACACAGACAUAUAACGCUUUGAUAACUCUGUUUUUGAACAAGGGUCUGCCGUACAAAGCAUUUGAGAUAUAUGAGAGCAUGGAAGCAGCAAAUGCUUCUCUCGAUAGGUCAACGUAUGAGAUGAUGAUACCAAGCUUGGCAAAAUCAGGAAGGCUUGAUGCAGCUAAUCAGUUGUUUCAACAGAUGAAGGAAAGGAAAAUUCAACCAAGCUUUGGGAUUUUCUCAGCCCUCGUUGAUUCCAUGGGCAAAGCAGGGAGGUUGGACACAUCCAUGAAAAUUUACAUGGAAAUGCAGGGUUUUGGACACAGGCCUUCUGCGACCAUGUUUGUCUCAUUGAUAGAAUCAUACACCAAGUCUGGGAAGCUAGAUAGAGCUCUGCGGCUAUGGGAUGAGAUGAAGUUGACGGGUUUCAGGCCUAACUUCGGCUUGUAUACAUUGAUAAUUGAGUCCCAUGCAAAGUCCGGGAAGCUGGACAUUGCAAUGUCCAUUUUCAGCGAUAUGGAAAAAGCUGGGUUUCUACCAACCCCAUCAACAUAUUCCUGUCUUCUGGAGAUGCAUGCUGCUUCUGGACAAGUAGAUUCUUCCAUGAGGCUGUAUCACUCAAUGACUAGUGCAGGCCUUAGACCAGGUUUGAGCACCUACACUUCCCUUCUAACCCUUUUAGCCAAUAAAAAACUCGUUGAUGUGGCGGCCAAAAUCUUACUGGAAAUGAAAAGUAUGGGGUUCUCUGUUGACGUCAGUGCCAGUGAUGUUCUAAUGGUGUACAUAAGGGAUGGUUCAGUUGACCUUGCUCUGAGGUGGCUGCGUUUCAUGGGAUCUUCUGGGAUUAGAACGAAUAACUUCAUAAUCAGACAGCUCUUUGAGUCUUGUAUGAAGAAUGGUUUGUAUGAACAGGCCAAGCCACUGAUUGAGACUUACAUAAACUCUGCUGCUAAAGUGGAUCUAAUCCUUUAUACUUCUAUACUAGCCCAUCUUGUUCGGUGCCAAGAUGAGCAUAAGGAGAGGCAUCUUAUGUCAAUUUUGGGCAGUACGAGGCACAGGGCCCAUGAGUUUAUGUGUGGGCUGUUCACCGGCCCUGAACAGAGGAAACAACCAGUGCUGUCCUUUGUCAGGGAGUUCUUUCAAGGAAUAGACUAUGAGUUGGAGGAAGGAGCGGCGAGGUACUAUGUGAAUGUUCUGCUCAAUUACUUGGUCCUGAUGGGACAGAUUAACCGAGCGAGAUGUGUUUGGAAAGUGGCUUAUGAGAACAAGUUGUUUCCAAAGGCCAUUGUGUUUGAUCAGCACAUCGCUUGGUCACUGGAUGUGAGGAACCUCUCAGUGGGGGCCGCUCUGAUAGCAGUUGUGCACACACUCCAUAGGUUCAGGAAGCGGAUGCUGUACUAUGGGGUGAUACCGCGACGCAUCAAAUUGGUCACGGGGCCGACUCUGAAGAUUGUGGUGGCUCAGAUGCUGAGUGGGUUGGAGUCACCCUUUGAGGUGAGUAAGGUGGUACUAAGAGCGCCAGGGGAUGGGGUGAUGGAGUGGUUUAAGAAGCCCAUUGUACAGCAGUUUCUGGUGAAUGAGAUUCCGUCAAGGGCUGACAUACUCAUGCACAAACUCAACAUACUAUUCCCUAGUUCUGCGCCUGAGAUCAGAUCACUCUCCCCUCCCAAGCCACUUAUGUCUGUGGGUGCGAACAGGGCUAUGUAAAAGCCAAGGAAAGUUGUUUCAAGAACACAACAGGACUGUGGUAACUUUUCGAACGGUGGGUUUGCUGCUUUGCCUACUUACAUACGUUGAAUCUGCAAUGACAGCACUGUGAUUAAGCAGCUAGUCAGUGAGCUAAGCUCAUCAGGAUCAUGAAUCCAGCUCGUGCAAAAACGUGCUGAUUUAGGAUAAUACCCUAACGUAAAGAAGACUUCUUCAUACAGUCUCAAUGAGGAUCAUUAUGUGGAUGUUUGCUGGAACUCCGCUGGUGCAUAUGUAUCAAAUCACAGGGUGAUUGAAAAGUUAGGCAAGCGACCAUAUGAUAGGGUGAGGUCGGCAAUGCAGUUUGUGGUCUCCAUGGAACUCCAAGGUGGUGAUGUUACGUUGACCAGGUGGGAGAAAGACCAACUGAUUUAUCUGAUGGAACUAGAGAUGACAGAGAGGGCUUAAGGGAAGGGUACAGUUUGGAGGGAAAAAAUGAUUUCUCCAACUGGAUUCCCCAUAUGUGCUAUUCGAAGUUAGAGAUGAAUCAAGAGAACACUUGUUCUUUAGCUGUGAAUUUCAAAGAAGUUUCGUCCAGUCUGUUUGUUCAAAUUGCUGACAUUGCAAUUAGGGUUGAGUGGCUUGAAAAUCUGGCAGCUCCGUAUGCUUUGGCGAAUCAAGUUAGUGCUAGAGGAAGAAUUUCGAGAGCUGUAUGGUGUGCUUUGGUCUCUACUUUGUCGAAAGAGCAUUGUUGCAUGGUGCAUGAAAAAGCUCGGAGAUGUGGUGCAGCUCUCAUCAUCACCUUCAGGGUUGACAUCUGUCUGCAUCUAUGGGGUAAACCUGGUAUGGAGAGUGAAUUACAGGAAUUUCAACUCUUACUUCAUAGGCUCUGUUUGCUGCUCUACUGCUGCUUCUAUUUUGGGGGAGUAGUCUAAGUUUAGACGAAUGUAGUAAGACUAUGUUUUUAUGGUUUCCUGGCAGCAUUUACAACUUACAAGUUUGAGCUAAUAGAAUUCAACGAAUUGAUCGAAAAAGUUUAAGAGUAGCAUUGACAAGUUCGUUUCCCUUGUUGAGGCCGUGUAUGAAUUUAGUAAAGAGUGG